AUGCAAUCACUCACAGAUUGUGGCAGCAGUGACAUCACUCUUCACUCUAGCAACUCACUCCUUGUUCCCUCCCCUCCCCCUCCCCUCCCCUCCCCUCCCCUCCCCUUAACUCCUCUCCCCUCCCUUGCCCUCCCUUGCCCUCCCCUGGCCUCCCCUGCCCAACUCUUCCCCUGCCUUGCACCCCUGCCUUGCCAUCUCCUGUUUUUCCCUCCCCUGCCCUACCUACCUUGCCCUCCCCCACCCUGCACUCCCCUGUCCUCCCAUUCCCUCCCUUCCCCUCCCCUGCCCUGUCCUGAAUUCCCCUUUCCAACCCUCCCUUACCCACAACUCUUUCUGUCCCGUCCCUAUCCUUCCCAUCCUUCUCUUUCCCGUCCCCUUCCCGCCCCCUUCCUGCCCCCUUUCCCCCCCUUCCCGACCCCUUCCCCCCUUCCCCCUUUCCCCCCCCUUUCCCCCCCUUCCCCCCCCUUCCCCUCCCUUCAACCCCAUCCCCCCCCCUUCCCUCCCCUUGCCCCCCUUUCCCGCUCCUUCCCGUCCUGGCCACUCCACUCUCGCCCCGUUUCGUCCAAACAGUCCCGACUCGACCCGUCCUGCCCCGUCCCGUUCCCUCUCAUCCCCUCCCGUCCCCUCUCAUCCCCUCCCGUCCCGACCCAUCUCGUCUCGUCCCCUCCUCUCCGAUCCCGAGGGGAAUUCCCCUCCCGCCUCGUCCCUUCCCGCCUCGUCCCUUCCCCCCUCGUCCCUUCCCGUCCCGUCCCUUCCCGCCCCGUCCCUCCCCGCCCCGUCCCUUCCCGCCUCGUCCCUUCCCGCCCCGUCCCUUCUCGUCCCGUCGCUUCAAAAGCCGUUUUGUCCGAACCCUAA